AUGCCUUCAAACAGCGCUGCCAGCAUGUUUGGUGGAGCCGGGGGAAGGGGUGCCAAGGCGUCCGUGUCGACCCUGGAUGGGCUGCGCAAAGUGCUGGGCAACCAGACAGAAAAAGAUUCGGUUCCCAUCCAUAAAGCUGCUGCCAAGCCCGUAGCCUCCCAGGCUCCGAGCGCCCCGGAAACUCCCGUCGCUCCCGGUGACGACAAGCAGACACUGCGGACCCUGAACAAUCGGCUGUCCGGCUACCUGAACAGAGUGAAGCAGCUUCAGGAGGAGAACAACGAUCUGCAGAAAGAGAUCGACGACAUCCUGGCCAAGAGGAAAGUACCCGAGGGGCGUGAUUGGGAUGGAAUCCUGAAACCCCUGGAUAACCUCAAAAGGGAGAUCAAAGACAUCACAGAUGACAAUGCAAAGCUGCUGCUGCAGAUUGAUAACAGCAGACUGGCAAAUGAAGACUUCAAGAACAAGCUGGAUGAUGAGAAUAAGGCAUGCAAAGAAUUAGAAAAGGACCUGGAGGAUCUGAAGAGGGCCAAAGAUGAUACCAAACUGAGCUGCGACCAGACGAGGGAAGAGAUCAAAAUGGUUAAUGAUGAGCUUGAGCGUCUCAAGAGCGAACACAAGAAAGAGGUUGAUUCUCUGCUUGAGAAGAUCAAGGACUCAGAUGUGACAGUGGAGAUUAAGUCCCAGGACAACAACCUGAGUGACGUUGUCCAGAAUGUCCGCAGACAUUAUGAGAAAGUGGCUGAGAAGAACCUGAAGGAGGCAGACGAAUGGUACAAAGACAAGUUUGAAACCAUCAAGGUGGAAGAGGCCCAGAAUACUGAGGCCUUGGAGUCUGGAAAGAGUGAGCUCAAAGAUCUCCAGAAACAGAAGCAAACUUUGGAAAUUCAGAUUCAGACCAAGAACAACAAGCUGCGCACUGUGGAGCAAACCCUGAGAAACAUCAAAAUGGAGUAUGGUCAUCGCCUGGAGCCAUCCAACAAGAUCAUUCUGGGGCUGCAGCAGGACCUCGGAGACGUGAGGGAACAGGUGGAGCUGCAGCUAGACGCCAACAAAAACCUGCUGUCUGUCAAGCUGAAGCUGGAGAAGGAACUCGAACAGUACCAAGAACUUCUUUCACGCUUAUUUGAUGAUGUUGAAAGGUAA